AGGAGGGAGAAUGGCAUGGGGUAUUGCACGGACCAGUCAUUUAAUGCCCAUUGUCAAUAAUUGAUUUUCCUGUAUUGUCUGAGAAAGUGGAUGUGAGAGGCUUCCCUGCCUGCCAGCUAUCCCCUGUGAAGUUUGCCCCAGAUUCGCCGGCCUCCUCCUCCCCCUGAACGCACCCAGGGGCCCUGUGUUUUCACACAGCCAUGAUCACCGAUCACCGAUCAGGCAGUCUUUGGUGACAAAAUCGGAAGUGUUCCCCUGAAACCACAGGCAAGCUGCACUCUCCAGCACAGGAUAGGUGUACUAUUAUUGGAGCAAACGUGAGGCCAGCGGUGUGGCUGCCCUGUAUAUUGGUUGAGUGCAUCUACAGUUUGUGUGUGUGGGCAUGUGGCUGCAGUUGACAGUUAUACAUGUAUGGCUUCCAGUUAAUACUCAGCAUACACAACCACACUGAGAGAGAGAGAGGGAUGUUUUCGCUGGCACAUACAGACAGUCGGUAAAUGCAAACGUGACCUUUGUUUCACACAUCGGGUCAGAGUACACAAACGUAUUAACUGCUAACUGUUAUGGAUGCCAUGACGGGAUGAAUGCAAGUGUUACACGGCAACACCAGCUAACUCGGAGACGUGGAAUUACAAGCCUAUCUUAAGGAUUAUAUAAAGUGGAAUAUUAUCAUGGACGGCAGCUCUGGGUAACAACGACGAAGUACAAUGUUGUGUCAUUAUGAUGAAAGACAGUGAUUCUUGCCUGGCGAACCCAAACUACACUCAGUGGAUCCUCGAGGCCAUUCGCAAGAUUCGGAAGCAGAAGCAGCGGCCAAAUGAGGAGCGCAUCUGCCACGCGGUCCGGCACGGCCGGGGUCUGGACCAGACGGACAUCAAGGAGCAGUUAGAACUCUGCGUCCGCGAUGGCAAUGUUCUGAAGGUCAUGAAUAAAGGGGUCGCGUCCUACCGCGACCCCGAGUUCUCUCCCGGCACUCGGGGCGGGGGCCGCCGUGCCAGCAGAGGCACGAGCACCGCCAAAAUCCUUGGAAACCUCACGCUCAGCACGGAUUACCUUCGUCUCAUUUUAUGCACCAUUAAACAGUUGGCCGAAGGCGGCUCAACGCUCAAGAGCGUGGAGAAGUAUAUCCGUCAAUCUUAUAAUGUGGACACAAGGAUGGAAAAUGACCUGAGCAGCAAGCUGCGGCUUGCUGCCAAGAAGGGAAUUGCACAAGCAAAAUUGACUAAAGAUGGUAAAUUAUUCAGAUUACCAGACCAAAACGAUAAACUAAACAAACUUCAGGGAGACAAUACAAAAAACAAUGUCCGGGUAAGUAAAGGCAACUUUCAUUUCAUUUUCAAUAUACAAUUAUUAAAUUCACAUGUGGAGAAAAUGCUCCAAGUUUUGCAGACCUUUCCACAGUAAAAAUGUCAGUAUGUGUACAUGUAUUGAUUUCUGUGGUCAUGAAAAGAUUUGACUUGGACAGGUACAUUUGCACCUUCAAAUAUUUUCAGCAUUGGAAUAAAGCUAAUAUCAAUAUGUUUUUCAAGUGUAUAUUUAGCAUCAUAUAAAGGCUUUUGAAUCUUGUGCAAAGGAUAAAUGUCAGGUAUCCAAUGUUGCAUUAGCCUUGAGACUUCCUUGUGUUGGCAAUCAAGUGUCCUACAUGUACAGGUAUGUAAAAAUGUCUUUGAGAUUCAGGAGGGAAUUUUUUUACACAUUGACAGGUCUACAUUACCCGAGUCAUGCUAUACAUUUAUCACUGCCACGUAUGUGUAACAUGAAGAGGCAAAGAUGAUAAUGAUACUGUACUAUUCAGGUUUAUUAUUUUAAUAUCUGAUAAUGUCAAAAUAUUUUUCCUUCCA